AUUAUGCACUAGGAAAUAAUUGUUAUAUUUGCUUUUCACCAAAGUUUCAUUAGAAGAUAUUAUGCUUUAACUACGUGCGAUUAUUUAUCAAAGGGGUGGAGGUGCCGCUGUAAUAAUAUAGCAGCAGUCCAUUAUGUUCAGCAACUUCGUUUUCCACCACCCAAGUUCUGUUUUUUUUUUUUUUUUUCUCCCUUCUGCCUGCCUGGGUGUGUCUCUCCUAACAUGAGAACCACAUGACCAAUAGAAAGACAAACAGUCGGGAAGUUAGUGUGUCUUCCGCAAACUUUUUUAAGUUUUCAGUGUGUGGUAAGAAGAGCAAGACAGCCGGCCGCAGUCCAACCACACCAGAAUAGUGCUAGUCUCCUGGAAUAUAUUUUCACAUCGCUUAACCUGAACUACAUCAGCAAAGAUGACAGACCAGCUACAGAAGCUAGUGGCAGAGAAGAAGGACAUGGUGGAGACGGUGAUGGAAGUGUUUGAACAAGGAGCUGAAGUAAUAGCCAGUAUCGCUGGUGACCUCUUCCCUGUUUUCUCCAUCGCUGCUCCAAUAGUGAAGCUGGCGCUGGACAAUGUUGAGAGCAAAGAGGCCGCGUUUAUGAAAGAGCAAUUCCAGAAGGUCCGUGACCGUCUGGAGGUGGUCUCGGAGGAGAUUCAGCGGAUCAAUGAUGAAAUCAAGAAAAGUGGAGUGGAUGCUGCGUAUUUCUCAGUGGAGGAGAACAUCACCAACCAGUUCAGGAAGUACAUGGACAUCCUCAAUGCGAAACCCAAGUUCCGUGAGGUCAAGAAGAAGCUUUUCCUGGAACAUUUUGUCAAGACUGGUGGUGACAAAAACCUUCACACCCUCUACAGCGCUGUGACAGGAGACAACUUCUCCGGGGAGUCUGUGCUCGAGAUAACUCUAAACUAUGAGGAGAAAAGUCGGCGACCGAUGGAGGACUUCUGCGCCAGAAUGAAGAAGCUCUUCUGCAUCGGUAUCAUCGCCUUGAUGGGCUACAGUGCCCUGAAAGAAUGUGAUGAUGAGGACGAACUUCUUAAAGACUGGGGUGCGAAGAUGAAGGAUGUGCAGGCUAAAAUGAAUGCUGUAAUUGAAGACUGCAUUAUCAGCUUCCCCAAACAGGCUGAGCUGGAUUCCCGUCGACUGGUGAGAGACCACUCCGACCUCUCCAACCAGCAGCUAGCCGAUGCCCUCAUACAGAAGCUGAAGAAGAAAUAUGACUGGGUGUGCUGGUCUGUGCGUAUAUUCAGGUCUCCUUCCGGCUUGUUUGCCAGCAAAAAGGAAUUCCACUGCCAGACAGGGAAGAGUCGCUUCCAAGUCCCAUCAUCGGAUGACAAACUUAAUGUCAUGGUGUCCUACAGUGAGUCACCUGAGCCUGUGGACAAGACGCGUAUCGAGCAGCUGAUCCAAAGUCAGAAGAAGAACACCGUGGUGAAUGUAGCCGAGCUUCUGUUUAAGGAGUUGCCUGGUCAGUGUGUGGUCCACACGGUCAAAACCAGCAAAGACCUGGCCUGCUCCUGGAGCUUCUCCGAGGAGCUUCACUACUGGGAGGAGCACAAGAACUUCUACAUCUGUGUUCACUCUGCUUGAGGUUUUAAAUAGCUCAAGAAUCAAAAGCAAUAGUUCCGAGGUUGAUAGGCUAUUACAUAUUUGCACAGAUUCUGACUUUGCCAAGCAAUCUGUUCUGCCUCUCUACUGUGCCUUUGCAUCCAAACACUACACAGUAGUUGCCUUAAUGUUGCACCUCUAUCCUGUUUUCAUUGAAAUAUUUCUCCUUUCUUAAGAACCUUUUAUUUUCUUGCAUACAAAUGGGUCAUUCCAAAGAAACCUAGAUAGCCUCCGUAUCUAAUAAUAAUUUAUCACUGUCAUCCCACAAUAUAAUAUAAUACAGUUCUUUUUUCACGGCAGCCUUCCUCCAGCCUUUGUGCAGAAUACUAAUGAUGUUUACAGUAUUACAGUGUCUUCUAUUAGUAAUCAGUGUAGUUGUUUGUGAAAUAUAGUAAUCUUCUCCAAGUUGUGCAGUUAGGAGAAAUUAUUUCAUUAUUUUGGAAAUCUAUUGCAUUAUAUGCACCAUUAUAAAUUUGAAUUGGGCAGAUGACUUUUUUGCUUGUCGUGAGAAGUGUCAACCAUCUGUUCCAGCUAAAUGCUGCAACGUAUGUUAGUUUGAGGGAUCGAACCAAGCUGUCGCAGAGAGAUUACAUUAUGGUGGUAGUGAUAAGCAGUGAGGCCACCAUGCUGAAUACAUGUAGACCACAGCCGCAUGAAAAAAAAAAAAAAAAAAAAGCCACUCCAGA